AUGGACAAGUCUACGGUAUCAAAUUCAACGGAGCUUACCAAAAUCAAAGGCGCGUUGUCAUCCUUCAACUUUGGUGGUAGUCUGGUCGAGAUAACCGCCCUGACAUCGUUGAUCGGAUCAACCGCCGCGGAGUCGUUAGCAUUAGGUGAAAAGGGGCCAGCUGGCCUCGUAUGGGCGAUGAUGACUGUAUUUGGAGCUAUAUCUGUUGUCAGACUAUUCAUUGCGACAUCAACUCCCGGUUGGUUGCGCGAAAGCAUGGGUGUCAGCAAUGCGAAAUCGGACGCUGUUGUCGGGCUGUUCCAGGAUGCGGACAAGAAUUUCAUGUUUCAAGAUCGCAAAGAGCCCGCGAUAGCCGUGGAAAGUGAAAUUAAGGUGAUGAGUACUCUCCCAACUUGUUCUUCAGUUGGCGUCGAUCGCAAGAUUAUUCUUGGGAUACCCAAAAGCGCGCGAGUUCACUCGAUUUGGAGGAUAAUUUGGGGUAUUGCUGCUAUCAUCGGCGUUUCUACCGUCGUAGCAACCUAUGUCUCUCUCAUUCAGUCGACCAGCAACGAAGGAUUCUUGAUCUGGGCUGGAUUUCAGGUCCUCUGGCUCAGUAUAAGGUCCGCAGUCUAUUACUUCCUUAGUAACAGAGAGGGCCACUAUCACGUCGGGUUAGAAGGGAGACCAUGGAGGAAGAUCAACGUACAGGACAGAAGCCGAAUACGCCGCCUUGUGUAUACGCUAUCAAGAUAUCAAAUACAACAGCACCCCAGGUCACCACUCAGUUACGAGGAUGAUAUAGUCGCGCCCGAAAAACUUGAAAAUAUCCAAUCUGAAUAUCCUGCGUUCCCUGAAGACAAGAAUGUUACUCUGUCGAUUCAUGGGGUCAUCCCCGACACUGUCCUUUCUAGUGCAUCAUGGGUUUUCGGGUGCAAGGAAGGCGGAUUCGACUUUUAUGACACUUGUAUUAUUGUCCUGAAUACCUCCAACGGAAUCAUAUCGAUACCCGCCGCCCGAGCACUUUCCACGAGGCAGCUUUCUGCGCAGCCUGAGCACGACUCAGAAGAAGGCAUUGAUCUCAUACAUCUACCUCGCGGGGGUUCACUACCUCAUGGGAGUUCAGCAUUCCCGGACAACAGCAUUGAAGUAAAAUGGUGUUAUUGGAUUCCGUGCUCUGGGGGACGCUGGCUGCACUUCAUAACCGAACAAUCAAAAAAUCGAGGACAAAGGGAAGCGGCUAUCCUCACGAAUUAUGAGGUUACGAGAAUAUUGAACAACGGCAAAAUAAUGAACAUCAGUCUGAAGCAUGUUGAUGAGGUCAAAGAGAUUGUGGACUAUUCAACGAUGGCAUGUGGACACAUGCAGGCCUUGCUGAGAUGA